AUGGCUUCUCAACAGGAUCCAGCCGCACACGAUGAAAAACAGCUCUUCUCCCGCCGAAUUAUCAAUGAAAAGACUGAGAUUGUGAAUAUCCCCGAUGACAGCCUCCAGCACGAUGUGGACCCCGACGUGGCAGCAGUUCAGGAGGCCAACAAGCUGCCAACAUGUCUGAUGUGUGUCUGCCUGAGCGCGUUCGUUCACUUUGAGGAGAUUUCCCCUGACCCGGCUGCUGUGCCAUCACUGUCGAAAGAAACUGCAUACCUCUAUGCACAUUUCAACAAAAUCUCAAAAAUAAGCAAACAAGACUGUACUGACAUGGAUAACAUGGGACUAAUUACAUGCUUUGCCUUCCUCCACUUCGAAGACAAUGAAGUAACAGCAGUGUCUAAACUUACAGAAUCCCUUCGUAUUUUUCACCUGCAUAACAACAAUAUCUCAACUAUAACAGACGAGAUGUUCUGCAAAGGCGACACCAGCCACUACAUACAAUCCAACCUGGACAGUGUGAGGCUGGAUGGGGACCCCAUCAACCUGUCGGAAUACCCAAACAGUUUCAUCAGCCUGCAGUCUCUUUCUGUCGGCUGGUACAACCGACACAUAAACACACACAAUUUCAAAGUGAACGAGGGAUAAGGAU